AUGGCAGCCAUUCUAUCAAGUGCAAUCUUUCGUCGUCAAAAUAGUCGAUACUUUAGCAUUUAUAAUGAUGCUUUAAGUUCUACAAUUUCCACACCACUUUCAACCUAUAUGCAAACAUUUUGGAAAGAUUCUCAAAGAAAAGCCGGUACUAUGUUUGACUUGGCUCAAAUAUUAGGACCUUUUUUAUGGGCUGUUCCAAAGAAAAAAACUUCCCAUUCAAAAAAGAGAAUGCGUUCUGCCAAUAAAGGAUUGAAAGAUAAAACAAACAUAGUCGAUUGUCAUAGUUGUGGUCAAAAACACUUGGUACAUCAUUUAUGUCAUAAUUGUUAUAAAGAUUUUAAGUAUAGAGAAAAGAUGGAAAGGGAUGGCUUGUCAUUUUAUUAA